AUGUAAAAAGUUAAAAUUAAGUAUGACUAAUUUAUCAUAAAAAAGAAUCUUAACAUCAUUUAAAAAUAGGUUUAUCAUUAUAACAUUUAUAUCAGCAUUAAGAAGCCAUUAAAUGCUAUGAUGAGGCUUUAAAAAUCAAUCCGAAUUGUAGCGAGACAUGUUAUAAUAAGGGUAAUAAAAUCUAAAAUAUUUUUAAUAUUUUAGGCAAUGCUUUAUUAUAGAAAAGAUUCAAUCAUCGAAGAUUAAGAAUUUAUAAUAAAGCUAUAGAGAUUAAUCAAAAAUAUAGUGAAGCUUACUAUAAUAAAGAUAAUUGA